UGAGAGUGCAGGGUCACAGGUGAGAGUGCAGGGUCACAGGUGGGAGUACAUGCCCACAGGUGAGAGCACAGGGUCACAGGUGGGAGUGCAGGGUCACAGGUGAGAGAGCAGGGUCACAGGUGAGAGCGCAGGGUCACAGGUGAGAGCGCAGGGUCACAGGUGGGAGUGCAGUGUCACAGGUGAGAGUAAAUGCCCACAGGUGAGAGUGCAGGGUCACAGGUGGGAGUACAUGCCCACAGGUGAGAGCACAGGGUCACAAGUGAGAGCACAUGAUCACAGGUGAGAGCGCAGGGUCACAGGUAGGAGUGCAGGGUCUCAGGUGAGAGCACAGGGUCACAGGUGAGAGUGCAGGGUCACAGGUGGGAGUACAUGCCCACAGGUUUCACUGAUUCCAGCUUCCUAACGCUGCUGAGGAAGAUGCCAGACAUUGAACAACUUUAUGGUCUUCAUCCCAGGUAUCUGGAAAGGCGCCGAGUCCGUGGCCACGAAGCUUUCAGCAUUCCUGGAGUUUUAGAGGCUUUGCAGGCCUGUCCAAAUUUGCUGGGUGUUGAGACCUCUCAUUUAGAGCUGGUGGAAGCUAUUUGGACAUACAUGCCCCAAGUCCACAUUUUAGGGAAGUUUCGUAAUCGUAAUGGUGCUUUUCCAAUUCCUCCUGAGAACAAGCUGAAAAUUCCUAUAGGAGCUAAAAUUCAGACUUUGCACUUAGUAGGGGUGAAUGUCCCUGAGAUUCCUUGUAUCCCAAUGCUGAGGCACCUUUAUUUGAAGUGGGUGAGACUCACCAAACCACAGCCUUUUAAAGAUUUCCUUUGUAUCAGCUUACGGGCUUUUGUCAUGAGGAACUGUGCUGGACCCACAAACUCUCUGAAGUACGUUCCCCUGGUGACAGGCCUGGCUUCUGCCAGGAAUCUGGAGCACUUGGAACUGGUCCGUGUUCCAUUUCUUGGAGGACUUAUCCAGCACGUGGUAGAAGACAGCUGGAGAUCAGGUGGUUUCAGGAAUUUGCACACUAUAGUUCUGGGAGCUUGCAAGAAUGCACUUGAAGUGGAUCUUGGCUACCUCAUCAUAACUGCUGCACGAAGGUUGCACGAAGUGCGGAUCCAGCCUUCCUUGACCAAAGAUGGUGUUUUUUCUGCUUUGAAGAUGGCUGAACUGGAAUUCCCACAGUUUGAAACUCUUCACCUAGGCUACGUUGAUGAGUUUUUACUACAGUGUAAAAUGACGAGUACGGACUUGGUGAGGUACGGCUUGGCUGAUGUGGUUGAAAACCCAGGAAUUAUUACAGAUAUUGGUAUGAAAGCUGUAAAUGAAGUUUUUUCUUUCAUCAAGUAUCUGGUCAUUUACAACUGCCCACAUCUACAUAACCCAAAUAAUUGGAUCACAGACCACUCGAGGUGGAGCCGCCUGGUUGACCUGACCCUGGUGAGGUGCCACGCCAUCAAGCUGGACUCCUUCAGUCAGUUCAUCGAGUUACUGCCCAGCUUGGAGUUCAUUUCUCUGGACCAGAUGUUCAGAGAGCCUCCAAAGGGUUGUGCUCGUGUGGGCCUAAGUGCAGGCACAGGAAUUGGGGUCUCCUCUGCCCUGGUGAGCAAUCAGAACUCCAACAAUGACAAUGACAACAACAACAACCACCAGAACAACAACAACAACAACCCCAACAUCCACCACAACAACCACCAGCACCCCAACGAGCAGAACGAGGAGAACGAGCUGCACCAGGAGGGCCCUGCUGAGGAGCAGCAGAUUGGGGCAGAGGCCCUGAAUGAGAUGGAGGAGGUGGCACAGGAGGAGGGGGAGGCUGCUGGGCAGGGCCAGGAUGAGUUGCCAGCUCCCAGCCAGGCUGUUGUUCCCAUGGAGGUGGAUGAGGAGCAAGCAGGACCAAGUGGAAUUCAACCUGUUGUAAAAGCAACUCCUAUUACCAUCCAUGAUUCAGACAGUGAGGAUGAGGAGGAAAACAUGGGCACUUCCAGAGUCUGCAUCUCCAACAGCAUUGCACAGAGUUACUCAGAUGGGGAAGAGAAGAGCAGGGAUCCAGUGGAAACCAGGGAACCUUCAGUGAGCGGCAAAGGCAAGACCCCCCUGAGGAAGAGAUGCAGCACCAGCCAUGGGGGCCAGGCCAAGCAGUUCCCCCUGGAGGAGAGCAGCUGUGAGAAGGGCUGCCAGGUGACCAGUGAGCAGAUCAAAGCUGACAUGAAAGCAGCCAGUGACAUGCCUGAGAGGAGCAAGAGCAAGGAUUCCUACGGCAGCUGCAGCGGCGCCCCGGCAGCACCCAGCUCCUGCAGCGCUGCUGCUCCCAGCCCUGACUGUGCCCAGGCAGCCCAGAGCCACUCUGCUGGCAGCAGCCCAGCAGCUGGGGAGGAGUGCAGGCAGUGUGGCUGCUCUCCUUGCAGGAGGGAUGGAUGCAGCGAGAGGCAGCCCGAGGAGAGCCCGGUGUGCUCGCGCUGCUCCUCCCGCGCCAGGCAGCGCCGGACGAGCGGGGGGCGUGGUGGGGACAGCCCCUCCACCAGUGGAGCCUGCAGGGACGGGCCAGACUUUGCACUGAGGACACUGCCAGACUGUGGGGCUGCAGGAGAGCCUGGGGAUCACAGGACUAGUGGGAGUGCCUGUGGGGCUGGCAGCCAGGAGCAGAGCACGCAGCCCCCGGGCUGGGAGCUGGACUGCAAGGAGGAGUAUCCCCGGAGACCCCUGACCAGGGCCAGGAGCAGGCUGUCCCACGUGCCUCUGGUGUCAGAGCCAGAAGUAGCAAAGCCAAAGCCAAGGCAAACCACCAAGAGGAAAAGGACAGCUGACAAAUCCACCAGUACCAGUGACCCUGUGAUUGAGGAUGAUCAUGUUCAGGUACUGACUUUGAAAUCCAAAAACCUCGUAGGAAUCACACUGACCAACUGUGGAAUAACAGAUUUGGUGCUGAAAGACUGCCCCAAAAUGAUGUUCAUCCAUGCUACAAGGUGCCGUGUGCUGAAACACUUGAAGGUGGAGAACGCCCCCGUCGUGAAUCGCUUUGACUACGCCCAGUGCAAGAAGCUGAACAUGGAUCAGGUCCUGGAUCAGAUCCUCAGGAUGCCCCCAGAGAGGAACAGGAUCAUUUACCUUCGUCCCAUGCAGCAGGUGGACACUCUGACUCUGGAGCAGAAGAUCUUCAGUGGUCCCUACCCCUACCACAUCUGCAUCAUCCACGAGUUCAGCAACCCCCCCAACGUCAGGAACAAGGUGCGGGUGCGGAGCUGGAUGGAUACCAUAGCCAACAUCAACCAAGAGCUGAUUAAAUAUGAGUUCUUCCCUGAGGCCACCAGGACUGAGGAGGACCUGAAGAAAUACCCCAAGUACCCCUGGGGCAGGGACAUUUACACCCUGGAAGGCAUUGUGGAUGGUGCUCCCUACUCCAUGAUCACUGACUUCCCCUGGCUGAGGUCCCUGAGGACAGCAGAGCCCAACAGCUACGCCAGAUACGACUUCGAGGAUGAUGAGAGGACCACCAUCUAUGCCCCCAGGAGGAAGGGGCAGCUCUCAGCUGACAUCUGCAUGGAGACCAUCGGCGAGGAGAUCUCGGAGCUGCGCCAGGUCAGGAGAGGGGUGUUCCAGAGGGUCGUGGCCAUCUUCAUCCACUACUGUGAUGUCAAUGGGGAGCCUGUGGAGGAUGACUACAUCUGAGGGCUGCCCUUCCUCCCACCCCUGGCACUGCUGGCCAAGAAAAAGCAGGUUUUUUUGGUUUUUUUUUUUUUCCUUCUCCAAAUGCAAAGCAUUUCCCACCAGGACGCCCUCGGCUCUGCCUGGGGCCAGGAGGAUGUAGUUAAAUGUAAAAUGGAAAGUACAAAUUGUAUACUAAGAGUUGUACAUAGAGGAAACAAACAAACAAACAAAAAAAAAAAACUUCCUAAUACUGAGACUUUAUUUCAUAUGUUUAUACAAUUUAAUUUAAGUUCCAUUUUAAUGAAGGCCAAUAAUUAGGAACGGGGAAGAAGAUUUGAACUUUUCAGCCCAUACAAUUCAUAGCAGUAUUUUUUUUUUUUUCCUUAUAAACAACAAUUCCAUUUGCUGUGUUCAAAAGAGUCAUCAGAGUCUCUUUUAAUCUGUGCCUUUUUCUUGAGCAUUUAAGAGUCCAGUCUGAGUAAACCUGUUGAGCACAAUCUUGGUGUCUUGUGUGCAUUUUUGGAAGGGUCAGAAUAUUCUCCAGCUGUUGCAAAGAAGGCCAGAAGCAGAAAAAAAACAAAAUAAAGAAGAGAAUUUGGUGAUCUGUGGUAGUUUUUUGGGGGUAAGGAAGCCCCCAUGUUUAGCACCUUGGAAGCAGAAUGUUCUCAAGCAUUUUGUACUGUUAGAUUUCAUUGUCAUGGUGUGUUUGAGUCUGUACUGUGGAAAUCAAGUUGCUGAUUGUUGGUUGGAACAGAAAUCUGCCCCUUCCAGCUGGCUGGAAGCUGAGCUUUCCCUCCAGGCAGGAGAGGGGAUGUGGAGCACAGGGAGCUCUGGGGCUCUGCUCACCCCUCAAUGCAAUUUCCCACAUGAGCACUAAAAACUGCUGCUGAUUGCCCCAAAAAUGUUGUGUUGUGCAUUGAAAGGUGCUGCCAGUGCCCACUGGUGUCUGGUGGGGGUUUGCUGCCAGUGCAGGUGUAAAAUGCACAUUUUGGUGUGGCACUCUCAGGGUGCCCAGACCUUGCACAGGCAAAUUCCCAGCUCUGGCCUGGCCUCUCAUCCAUGCUUGUUUAAAAAAUGGCAUUUCCUGAGGUAAAAGAUGUACAGCUCAGACCACUUUGUCCAAUUUUGCUCAUCAUCCUGAUGGUGACUCUCUGAAUUUGGGGUGAAUGUGGCUAAUGGGGAUUUCUGGGAUGUUUAGCUCUGUACAAUUGAGGUGAAGCUGCUCCACACAGCAAAGCCAGUGCUGGUUUUCUCUGUGGGAAUUCUUGGGAUAAUGUGAAACUAGAAAUCCAUGGGGUAAGAGGAGGAGAUUGGUGCCUAAUGGGAGCAUUUCCUCCUGGAGGUGGAGCACUAGACAUAGAAUGUGAAUGUUAUUCCAUUUGCUGUAAUGCAGGAUCACAGUCAAUGCUUUAUUAUAACUCUUAUAUUUAAUUAACCAUAGAUAAUGUGUUCAAUGAUUCUCAGCCAAAACAAUUGUGACCCUUUCUAGAAGUGUUUCAAGUCCUCUGAGUCAUUGAUUCUGUCAGAUUUACCACUUUAGUCCAGAAAAUGUUACUGAGUUUCUGGAGUGUUGCACCGCAUCUCCAGCUGGUAUCUCCUCACUCCAGCCUUUUGCAGAAGUAUUUACACAAAUAAAGUGUUUGUUUAUAUUCAGUAUUUCUGGAAGCUGAACCUUGCAGUAAUUUUGACCUCUGAAAUGUGACACCCAUUU